CACAAAUUGGUUCUAUCCCAAGAAUAGUUCACCAAUAGGAUUGAUCAAUCCCAUAAGACGUACAUACGCCAAUUCUUGAGCCAAGGUCAAGUGAUGCUUACGUCACCUGCAGACCUCGACGGCUUGUUUACCAUUUACGCUGUGCGGUAUUGCUUGUGUUUUUGUUAAUUCGAAAAGGUCGUACAAGUGAUUGAAGAGUUGGAAAUUCGUUUUUUACUUAGUUCUACGUUUUAAAAACUAUUAUUUGUGUGUAUUAUAUAUGUGGAGAAUAGUGAACAAAGACAAUAUUAUUGUUUAAGGCAAAAUAAUCUUGUGAGACUUUCAAGGUGCAUGUAGUAUAUGUCCAAAAAUCAAAAUGCCUGGUACACGUUGUGCUGUGUAUGGUUGUGGUAAUACCUAUAAAACAAGGCAGCAAGAACAUGAAUAUUUUAUAUUUCAUCGGUUUCCCAAAGCUAAAGAUCUUGUUUCCCAAACUAUGAGAAAAGAAUGGAUAUUACGAUGCAAACGGGAAGAUAAAUUUAACCCUGAUACUAGCUACAUCUGCUCAGUUCAUUUCACAGAAAAGGAUUAUGAAAGAGACUUACAGAAUGAAUUAUUAGGUUUACCACUACGAAAAAUAUUGAAAAAAACCGCUGUUCCUACUUUGGGAUUGUAUUCAAAAAAAUCAACAAGUGAAGCUAGUAGUUCAAGCAUCAGUUCCAGAGAAGAAAGACUGGCCAAACGAAAUGCAAAGGAGGAAGUGAACAAACUUUUAAAAGUAGCCACGUUAACAGCUCCUAUUAAUACUUUUUCUGAUGAUACCGAAGACCAUAAUCCUAAAUCUUUUGGAAGUAUUCAGUUUGAAGAGCAUGUACCAGAGCCUUCCACUACCUAUUAUAAAUGGAACUUAAAAUUAACUGAAUAAUUGGAAAUUGGAUUUUAAAUUAAUAUUAAUUCAUAAUAAUGAAUAAAACUUAAAAAAAUAACUGUAUUUUUGUUAAAAUUGGCCUUUAAACUCAUCAAAUAGUCUAGCUCAACAAAGAGUUAAGACCGGUCGAGGUCUGCAGGUGACGUCACGUAUGGCGAUUUUUCGCACGCACAUGGCAGACACAUUCAGUUUAUUGAGCAAUCAUAUUGGUGAACUAUUCUUGGUUCUAUCCAAUCAUAAAUUAACUGAGACUUACCAUAGGCAUUUGUUAAUACUUUACAUACGUCAUUGUAUGUUAUAUCAGGCAAAUUCUUUCAGACAAAGUAAAUAAUGAAAAUACCGCUGACAAUUUUGUUACUUUUCAGGGGCAUAUAUACCUACUCGUACUUUCGAAACCCGCGAAAUUUAAAAAUUAGCGUUAUUUUCUGAAAAUUGAGGUUAUUUCUUUUUCUGUUUGAUUGUUUAUUGUGGUCUUUUAUCUAUCUACCUAACCUAAUCAAGUUUAUGAAUCAGUCUAAACUAUAGCGAUUAUCAUCUAUUGGUUUUCUAUAUUAUUAGUAAAAUUUUCGUGGCAUUUUCUUCACUUCAACAAUUACUCCGUGGAAAAUUUAAUUUGGUUCAUAAUUUAAAGUGUUUAUAUAUUGAUCACCUAUUGUUGCAAAGAACAAUAGGUUUAUUCGGAAAAAUGAUGAUUUAAUGGUGAUAUUCAUAAAACUAAUGUAAAAUGUUAGUCAUUAUA